GCCCAAAUGCUGGUGGAGAGUGUGUCGCCUUCUUUCAUAAACAAUAUAUUCACAUUAAAAAAAAUCAGUGAUAAUAAAUGUUUUAUUUCCGAGUGUUAUAAACCGAACGAAGAGAAUUGUAAAGAGUCACUAAAGUAAACAAAAAAGAGUCAAUAAAUGCUGGAACCACAGGAACGAGCAGCAGAAAUGGUUAACGAUUACGCAGAAAUUGUAAUCAGUAAAGAACUCGGUGAAGGCAAUUGUCAUGGAGAAAAUUCCAGAAAUGCACUUUCUGGCGAUGAAAGUAACGACCCGGAAUUACCUGCUACAACGACAAUUAGUACGAUAGCAUUGCAAAGUGGAAAUACACGUCUCGUUAUUGCACUCCUUCAGAGUGGAAAUUAUUUGAGAUUACAAGUUAUCGAGCUGUACCCUGAGCUUUCAAAGCUGGGUAGCACCGUAGAAAGUGCAACAAAUUUCGCCACUAGUCAUGACGAGGUUCUGAUCCAUUUAAAAAAUAAACAAAGUCCAGUUGAAGAACUGCUACGACAAGCUGAUCACCUCAUUUCAACCCAAAAACCUCGAGCUGAAGUCUAUGCUGCAAUGGCUGAUACCCUCGGACAGGCGUGGAAAGAGGUGAAUUCUUUCCUAGAACUUCGAAAACAAAUUUUGGAUCACAAUGUUUCAUUUCAGUGUCGUGCUGAGGAGUUCAAAAUAUGUGCUACAGCCUUGGAAAUCAUCUGCACUGGCAAGCAGUUGCCAAUAGACAUCGAAUCGGUCAGGCUGAUGAUAAAUAAAAUUCACGAUGUGAGAAGAGAGAUGUUAAAUGCCACAUUGAAUGUCCUCCAAGAGGGAAAAAGUUUAAUAGAACAAUUGCGUGAAGCAGCGAACGCUCGAUCAAUGGAUUCUCUCCCUGAUUCAAUGAAAAUUGAUAUGGAGAAUGCCAUAAUUCAGGUGGAAAAGUACCUGGAGGAGAUACACGAGCAGAGAAAAAAAACAGAAAUUCAUUUCAAUACUCGUAAACUUCAACUGGAGCAGUGUCUAGCACUGGCCAUCCUGGCAACUGAUUUACGAAAUCUUGAAAUUUUUCUGAAUGAUAAAAUCUGCGAAUACAACAGUAUCAGCCAUCAGCUGGGGGAUUCAUCAACAAACACCGAGGUAUUACUCCUCAAAAUGAUCGAAUAUCAUGAAGAAGCCAAAGUAUUUCAAGAGCGUCUCUUGAAGAUAACGAAAUCCACCGAAAAACUUGUGUCAGACGGACAUUUUGCCAGUGAAGAAGCCACAGCAAAAGCUUAUGGAAUUCUGGAAAAAGCUGCAGAGUACGUUAAUCAUCUUGAUUACUCCGAGAGUCUUUUGAACCGAGUAAUUAAAUUUUUUCAUUCCGUACAAAGAGCUUUCGAUAAACUGAAUUAUUUAGAGCUCCAGCUGUCAAACAAAUCGUUCUCCACAUUUUCCUCUGAAUGUAUGAAUUUUUAUUCACAAGCCACGAUGUCACUGUCAGAAAUUACGUUGGGCCCCAUAACUGAAGGAUGUGCUAUUCUUGAUGCAGUUGAAGAUGUCUCAGGAGCUGAGGGAGUGAAACGAGCGGUUGAAGAAUUAAAAAAUCGUCAGAUACAAUUGCACGAACGUUAUACAUCUUGCAUGGAAGAGAACUUCAUAACUUGUCAUGAAUUGACAUUGUUUUUUGAAAAAUACGAGGCAACAAAAACGUGGUUUGAGUUCAACGUUGAUGCCUUCAUCCGGGUCAAUGCUGACAUGGGAACAGAUAUUUCAAUGGCUCAGACGUUUCAUAAAGAGCACAUGAAAUUGUUGGAAGAAUUGAGGAUUCGCGAGAGUGAAUUUCGUGAGUACUCGUCCAAGUUGAAUGAUAUCAAUGUGCCUUUGAAGGACGAUGAAGAGCCUAUUUGUCCUAAAGAAGAAAUUGAAAAAUAUACCCACGUGCUGAUGGACACAUUCAUGAGGUUCAAGAAUAUUAUUGAUUCACGAAUUCGUUUAAGUUCAUUUUAUAUCGUAAUUUUUGAAAAGUUCGCAGGACUUUCUGGGGUUCUAAAUGCAAUUACUGAUGACAUCAGUGAGAAUUGGGGAGAUUCAGAGGAAGAGAGAGUGCAGAAAAAUUUUGGAGAGAGAUCUAAUGAAUUUGAGAGUCUCUAUUUACAAUUCAGAAAUGAAACUGAAAAAUUUGUCAGCGAAAUCAGGGAAAAUACUGAUUCUUAUUUGAAUAAAUCGGAAUCUGAGAAUGUCGUCAAGGAUAUGUUGGAGAAAGUCAGGGUUGAAAGAGUGAGGAUAAUUGACCUCUGGGAGAAUUGGAAAAUGUCGAUGACAGCGAUGAAAAAAUUGGGGAUUGAACAUCAGGCGAUAAUAAACGCGAUCAUUGAGACUAUCGAGUUGAUUUCAAACAUGAAAAACCGUUUGUUUUCAUUGUUAAAUUCUGAUGGUGGAAGACCUUCCAUAAUGGGACAGACUUUAGAAAUCAUGCUACUGGAUGUUCUUCCAAAAUUCGAUGCAUCACUGUCUAGUUUGCAUUCGAAAGUCCAUAACGACAAUCGGUAUGAAAAUUUAUAUGCAAUAAUGAAAGAAAAUGGGAAACAACUGUAUGAACUGUUCAAUGAUUUAAGAACAAUAGCUGUCAAAUACGAACGUCUUUUGGGAGUUUUGAUGGAGACGAUCGAGUGCACAAUAAAACUUGAAAAUGAAAGUGACAAUCUCUGGCAAGCUCGGGCUGAUUUAACGAAAAAUCCUUCUCCUUCAGUAAUUCUGUCGCAAUUAAAAUCCGAUGUGCGAGAAAAAAUCGAAACAAUUAAUGAAACUGUUACACUAAUUGAUACAAUUAUCCGAGAAAAUAUUAGUAGAGUGGAAACAGACGAAAGAAUCGAAAAAGCUCUGGGGAAACUAAAAAAUAUCGACCAGGAAAUUUUGGAGUCUUCGAGGAAAAUUUCUUCUGAGGUGCGAAGACAAAUUCAAAAGUGGUUACUUUAUUAUCAGUUUAUUGAAGAUUUAAAUUCUGUAGACGAAGAAAUUUGUUUGUUAAAUAUUCAACUCGAACAGUUUCGGGAGUCGAAUCAGUACCGUUAUGACAAUGACAUUUCAUCUGUCAAGUCCACAGCCAUCGCAUUCAAAAAGAUCGACGAAAUCGUUCACAAUGUCCAAGGAAAAGUCAAUAAAUUGAUCAGUGCAACUGUCAAAAAUGUGGACUCCGUAUACGACGUCGAUACAGCUGCAAAAAUCAACCGUGAAUUAUCUAGUUUGAAGAAAAAAUGGAGUCAACUGGAAGGAUCAGCUAGCGAUAUCCAAAAACAAAUUGAUUCGAUUCUUGAAUACUGUCACUUGCUCCAAAAAAUUGAAAAUUGGUACAUCGAGUUGGAAAAAUUACUCAUAAAUAGCGGAGGAGAAUCUACUGGUGGAGAAAUUACUAAACCUGAAAGUAUUUUGGAAGCGAUUGAACAAUAUUUAAAAAAUGGAGAGAGCGAACAGAAAAAGAGAAUCGAACAAAUUCGGGAAUUAUCGAUUCAUAUUUUUGGGACUGAAAAUUUAUUGCAGUGCGAUAAAGUCAUUCUGACUAAUCAAGAAAUAUUGGAUUUAUGUGCUGUCAGAGUAUCUGAACUCCGGGGAUUAAUUAAUAAUCCCCAAACUCAAAAUCCAAUAAUUGUUCAGGAACAAAAAAAUAGCGUCAAAGUUGAAGAAACAUUGACUACAAAAACGGAUACAAUAAUUCAUAUCCUAAAAAAAGCCACAUUUACUGACGAUAUUUCUAUUGAUUCGACAUCAUCAGCGGUCAAUAAAAAUAAAGCUAUAGAUGACAAAGAUAUGAUCAAUGUUCAGCCUUCGAGUGCACCGAUUUUUAUCGAAAAAUUGCAGCCCAUUGUUGCUAAGGCCGGCUCUACACCAACAAUUAAUUGUACAGUUGAGGGAAAUCCUUUACCAGUAGUUCAAUGGUUUCUGGGCGAGACGAAUAUCGAUGAUUCACCAGAUUACAUUAUCACAUAUAAUAAUGGCCAAGCGAAAUUGCAUUUCCUAGAAAUCACUGAUGAACAUCGGGGAAUUUAUGUUUGCAAAGCGCGGAAUAAACACGGAGAGGCCACGACUUCAGGACAAGUUGAAGUUCAAGAUAAUAGAAUCCUGGCACAGGAAACAUCAGAAAGGAAACAUCAUGUGAUGGGGCAGGAAGAUCUGUUCAAUGUGAAGAUCAUCGAGAAUUCCGAGAUGAAGGCACCAGAAAUCGGGUCAAGAAAAUUAGAAGAUGAAAAAAUGAUUAGGGUUGGAGAACCUGAAGUGGAACUACCCGAAUUUAUUCCUCCAAGAGUCAAAGCCAAUCUGCAGGACCUUCGAGUAUCCGAAGGGCAAAGUGUAACACUGGACUGCAUUAUUAUUGGAGAACCCGAACCUGAAGUGAUCUGGUAUCAUGACAAUCAACUUGUUAAAGAGUCUCCCGAUAUUCAAUUACUCUUCCACGGGGACAAAUGCUCUUUGAUAAUUCACGAAGUGGUAAUGAACGAUGCUGGCGUAUACAAAGUUGUUGCUGUUAAUUCUGGAGGGAAAAUAUCGAGCCAAUGUAUAUUGUCAGUAGUGUCAGCUGCUGAUGAGGAGAAUGCAUAUAUCGCCAGUGGGACUCUGCCACAAUUUCUCAGUUGCAUAUCUGAUGUUUGUAAAAUUGAUUCCCAAUUCGACGACACUAGCAAAUUAUCGGGAGCAGAAGACAAGUUUGUGGCGCCUUUUUUCACCAAGAGGCUCACAAAUCCUCAUAUUUUGCACAUUGGAAAAUGUGAAACCUUUGAAUGCUCGGUUGCAGGGACACCAAUACCCAGGAUACACUGGCUCUUCAAUGGUAAACCGAUUGGGGGGAAGGACAAGAAUUUUUCGGUAGUCGCUGAGGGCGAUCGUCACAUUCUCAAGAUACCAGAAAUAACUGACAAACACGCGGGUUCUGUCUGUUGCAUAGCUGAGAAUAUCGCUGGAAAGGCUGAAUGUACAGCACAACUUAAAAUUCACGAGGGGAUCGAAGGGACGGACGAUAUCGUGACAGACGACAAAAUCGACAUGCAGCAAUCGAGCAGUUGUGAGAGGUACCUUCAGGAAGAAAUGGAUAGUGCGGGAACUCGGCAGAUCGGUCAGGAGAAGACUGUCAAUAUGUCAUCAAGUUGUCAAUCCUCGAUGAGUAAAUCUUGUUGCACUAAAGAGUACAAAUUAUCGGCAAAGUCCAGUUCAUUGGAAUUGUGUCCACCAAAUUUGAAGAAUGGAAUCACCAAGAAUCACAUUGAAAGUCAAAUGUGCAGCAACGAAUCAAAUGGAGGUCCGAUGUCAACUGUUCAGAGCCAUAAAGUUGAAGAAUUCGAACGAGUGGUGCGAGAUGCGCCCAACAAAAUCCAACAGGAGAAGAUCAGAAUAACGAGCGACAUCACUCCAAAAAUCCAAAAACAGACGCGCAAGAGUACAGUCCCAAGAUUUAUAUCACCAAUUACUGGAAUGAUUGUUGAUCAGGGCAGUAACGUCAUCCUAGAAGGUGUCAUUGAUGGCUUUCCCCAACCGAAAAUAACGUGGAGUAAGAACGGCCAGGAUGUAGAGGACAAUGUAAAAACGACUUUCCAACACAAUCACGUCCGAUUGGAAUUGAGAAACGUGAAUGUGAAGGAUGCUGGAAGAUACACCUGCACAGCUGUCAACGAGAUUGGAAACGCCAGUAGCACAGCUGAUCUUGUCGUAAAAAAGACCAUCUUCCCACCAGUAUUUGGUAAAAGAUUACAAGCGCAAAUAGCGAAGGCAGGUGAACGUGUAAUGAUGGAAGUGGAGAUAACUGGGACACCGGAGCCAAAUGUCACCUGGUACAAAGACGAUGAACCGCUGAUGGAUACGGACGGUGAAUUAAGACAACUCGGUAAUUGUUAUCUCCUGAUCAUCAACAGUGCUGAAAAAAGACAUGCCGGUAAAUACAUGGUAAAUGCAUCGAAUCCUGGAGGAGAAGCUCAGAGUAUAGCAGAUUUUGCUGUCUUUGAACCAACACCAGAUACAAUGGUGGAGGUCCACAAAACUAUUGUCUAUGAAAAUAUGGCAGACAAGGAUCUAAAGUUGGACGAAAAGAAAAAUCAGUUGCCAUCAGCUGCACUGACUGCUGAGCAUAUAGCAACGACAAUGAUUCAACCAAGUCCCAUUCUGAAGACAAUUGUACCACCAUCGACUUCAUUACCCACGUCCAUGACACCAUCAAUACGUAAAAUUGAACUCAUUGGACCGACAGCAUCUGGAGUGACGAGAAAAACGGAGGAGGUCGUCGAAAAAGCCACUCGAUCUGAGAUGAUCUCGUCAACCAUUGAAUCUCAUCAGAGCGAGACGAAAUCCGAGCAAACGUUUCAUAUGAAACUUCAACACGAAGCACCAGAAUUGAUACUCAAUGGUGCGAAUGACAAUGGAUUGCCUUCGACGCGAUUAGUUGAUGAUGUAAUGAAGAAAAUUGAUAGACAACAGCAGCGAGUCAGUGAGACGAAAACUGAUUCAUCUCAAGAGACUAAUGAUAAUGUUGAGACAUCAGUAAUAGCGAAAAAGGAUGCGCUGAAUUUCUUCGAAUCAAUUGGCAAAGACGGCGAUACCGCACCGAAAAUUAAUAAAGCUAUUGUAGAUUUGAAUGAAGAAGCCAAAGACGGAAAUUACGAUGUCAAAGUUGACAAAUUAACGAAGAAUUACGAGAGAUCGACGAAGUUUGAGGAAGUUCGAACGAAUAAUGAGAGCGACGUCAAAUCACAAAAAUUAGUUCAGAACAUCUCCAGUAAAUUGCAAAGUUCAGGGAUCAAAGACAAAGGUAUUGAGAAUAUAAUGAUUGAUUUUCCGUAUGAUAAUUACAAAUUACCACUUCUCAAUACGCAACGGACUAUUUUUGAAGAUACCACGGCAUCUGGAUCACCAAUCCACGGUACAUUAACUAUUUCCAAACUGGCAGCUCAAUCUGAAAGUGCAGAAAAAAUGCUGUCAGGUUUUAACUUGACACCUGGCCCUCCCCCCGAAAUUGAUUACAUGCCGAAGAGAACUGCGGAUAACGUGGAAAAAACAACAGAUGUUUUAUCGAGAACGAAACAGCUUGAAAAAUUACAAGCGACAACAGCUACUCCUCCAGUUGGUGGUGUCCAAAUAUUUCCAACUGGAGGUGGAAGUCAAUUGAAGAAAAAUCCGACAAGUGAACAGACUAAAACAUUUAAAAAUCAAUUAGUUUCCUUCAACGAUUCAGUUGACACUUCUACUUCUGCUAGAGACGUAACGAGAAAACACGAGGAAACAGAAAAUAUAAGUGAAAAAUGGUGGUCUUCAACAUCUGAUUUAGAAACUCGUUCUCACAUCUCUACAGAUUUAUCGGAUUAUCGAUGCCAAUCAGCUGCGUCUCUCAAUCAAUUCGAUCGUUCUGUAUCUCCAAAGCCAUCAGCUGAUGGUCUAGCAAUGGAGAAAGCCUGGUCCAAAAAGCCGGAUUUUAGUAGAAAAUCGUGGCCACCGUCAAGUAAUUACCCCACAGCAUCAAGUUUCAACGAGCGAAUGGAAAGUACUGAACCGGUAACGAGUAAAGUGACGUCUUCCGAGAAGAGAGAAGAGAUAUCUGAAAUUCCUGGUUGUGGAAUAACGAAAACUAAAAUUGAAUCUUCAAGUAGUUUGGAAACUCGCUCUUGGAACAGCAAGGAGAAUCGAAUUGAGGAAAAUAUCGAGAAGUUGACAUCUAUUCCACCUCCAAGUUUUCAAAUGCCACCGAAGAUGUACAAAGCCGAGACAAUUAAAGUUGAUCACACCUUGAACACCAAUGAAGAUAAAAAAACUGAUAAUAAAUAUUCAUGUCAAUCUCGAGUAGAAGAAAAUUAUCAAAAAACUCACAGAACAUUGUCUACAUUGGAGACUCUGGAGGCACCAAAUUUGGUAAAAGAAGCAACAGCAGCCCCCAAAUUGGCUCCCAUCAAGCUUUACCAUUGUCCGGGUAAAAAUGGUAACUCAGGACACGAAAAGAUUAGAGAUUUUCAAACAUCGUCAUCGAUAUUCAGAGGAACGCUAGCAACAGCACCGAAACAUACCCCAAAUACUCCACUGUAUAAACCAAAUAACACAAAUGUUUCUACUGAUGGAGAGUUUAUUCUUGAACCAGGUACACCCCCUGAAAUCGGUUACAUACCAGCGUCAUCAUUUCAUGAAACCAAAAAUAUUAUCACCGAGAGAAAGAUUGCCAGAAAUUCCACCGAAAUUCCAUCGCAAUUUCAAUGGAGCAACUAUACUGCGGAAAGUGAUCAUGAAUCAGAUUUCGGAUCGUACAGAUCUAAAUGUAGAUCUUGCGAGAGUGACACUGAAGAGCUGAAAUAUAGGAGAGUUAAGGCACCUGUUCCAAAACAACAGCGACAAAAAUCUACUGAACCAGGUCCUCCACCGCCUUCGAGUUUCGAAAUUCCUCCUCCUGAGUUUACUGGCCCCUCUAGACCUGCAUCAGUGCUGAUACCAGAGAAAACUUCAUUUUCCAGUGAACGAAAGAGCGAUGACCUCGAUUAUCUGACACCAGGAUCUCCACCGAUCUAUGUCCAUUCGAAUAUGCAACACGAUCUGCCAAAAUUGCAAAGCCGAGUUAAUAAUUUUGAGAAAGUCAGUGGGUACGUCGCCGAUACAGAUGAGCCCAUUAAUAGCUCCACUAAGAGCUCAUCGAUCUCUAAGAAUUACGAAAAACGUGAGAGCGUGUUCAUGUCCUCCAGUACAUAUGAUUCUAAAAUGAAUUUGGACAAGAGGUACAAAAGCUCGUCAGCAAAUGUUUACGAUGAAUGCCUAGCACCCGAUAAGCAACAGAAAGGUCUAUUCAAAUUCGCCGGGAGCGAAUCUUGGAGGAAUGACUCAGGAAAUAAUUACGUGAAUAGAAUAUCAUCAUUGGAAGAAUCGCAUAACGAAACAAGAAGCAAUUAUUCAGGAAAACCUUCAAGACCACCUGUAUCAGGAACUGAGGAAUCAAUCACUGAAUCCAUUUACUCAUCAUCUGUUUCCAAGAUUAUGGAAAAACAAACGUAUGAAAACAUCGAGAAAACAUUUUCGCUGUGUGAAAAUGUAAUACAUCAACCAAUAGCGACACGAAAAUCUGUUUUAUUGCCUGGUUCACCGCCUGAAAUUGCUUACGCACCUCAGAGACGAAUAUCAUUGGAAAAAUUCGAUCAAAUACAAUUAAAUACUGCUAAACCAGAUGUAAGAAAAAUGGCUCAAGCACAGGAUCACUCACGAUCAAGUGAAAAAAUUAUUACGACGGAGCAAACAAAUCGUACAGUGGAUUUUGAAAAAAAUCCAAUGUUCGGUAACAUUUCACCAGCAAGUCAAUUUUCAUGGGGUCAGUUUAAAGGAAGUGAUGACGAUUCUGUCAGAAUUUCACCCAGGUGGAGCCCGGGGGGAAUCAGUACCGACUGUCCACGAUACAAACGAGUGGAUUUUCACUCGAAUAAAGAGUUUGAUAACAAAGUAGUAACAAAAUUUGAUGAAAGACAUAGAAUGAUAAAUUAUGAUAAUUCUGCGGAAACUCUAGGCGAAAUGAAUAAACGAAUCAAUCAAACCAAUCGAACAAGCUACAAUUCACUAAGUCUACCGAUCACGAAAACAUUCACCGCAAAUCGAGAUGAAAAGAGUCUAAACGAACAUCUUCUCGAGUGCAAUAUCGCUGAGGCUGAUAAUAAUCAACGUUGGUCAGGCACCUUACCCAAAGAUAAAGACAUUAUUCAGCCUUACCUAGAUAUAUUACCGAAGAAAGCCCCUUUCUUUACCACGCCACUCAAAGAUAUCGCUGUGUUAGCGGGUCAGACCGCCAGAUUUGAAUGUAUCAUUGAAGCGGAACCACAGCCCGAAGUUUAUUGGUCUAAAAAUGGUCAAGUUAUCCAAAAUUCGGGGAAUUCCGAAGUCUAUUACAGAAAUGGUGUGUGUCGAUUGGUCUUACCCGUUGCAUAUCCUGACAAUAUUGGCACAUAUGUAUGUACGGCUGUGAAUAAUCUCGGCUCCAACACUACCUCAGCCACUUUGCACGUGAAAGGUAACAGAAAAUCCAUACGACCACUUAAUUAACAAGUAAUGAGGAUUAAAAUUUGAGUAAACUUCGUUGGUGGCGAUGAUCUAAGCGGUGGCGGGAAAUCAGUGUCGUGGAAUACUGUUCCUAGCAUCACAGUUUCCUCUGGUAUAAAUGUGCGAUUAAUUAAUCGAAUAAAUUAACAACAACGCAUGAUAAACUGUUCGCUGGAAAUUAUUGUUCUCUCUUUGCAAAUGUUGUUGGCGAAAAAAAAACAUAAAAGUUGUACAGUUAAAAAAAAUAUCAUAAUAAAGCUGUGGAUAACAAAGAUCAAUUGAUAAGGCAGAGAAUUUCGAGUAUCUACUUUAUAUUAUUGACAAAUUUUUUGCAUUCUAUAGUUUUACAUGAAUAUCAUAAGGAUAUUUAUCUAGUCCAAUAUUAUUCUGAAUAUUAACUUAUGACAUGAAGGUAUAAUAAAAAUAAAUAUUGCAAAAUUUGCCGAAUGAUUGACCUAAUAAAAAUUUGCUAUUA